UUAUGAUUAAAACGUUUAAAAAUUAUAUUUAACUAAAUUUUUUUCUUACUAUAUAUUUGUGAUAUUCGAAGUGAGAUAUUGGCAUCGACACAAACUGUUUCAAGAAUCAUGGAAAUCUGUCCCUCUGAACCGCUUAAACCAAUGCCGCAACAAUCGAUUAUCGAGGCAAAAAAUAAACUUCGGCUGGGCCACGAUGAAUGUUGCAAUUGCUGCUGCUGUUGUUUACCGCAAUCUACAUGUUACAAAUAUGUCCAGCCGGAAAUACCAAAAUCUUUCGCACCUAUUCAUUAUUACUGGAAAUCAAAUGUACCGAUGGAUAAAGAUACAAUGUAUCGUCUUUCUUACUGGGAAGGGCCUAGCACUACUGUUGAACCCAUUCGUCCUGAAGAUAAUCUAACAUGCGGUGACACACCAAUGUCUGAUGAAACGACGCAUAAAAUGAGCUAUUUUGGCAAUUGGUGCGUAAAAACAGAUCCUCCAAUAACACCCUGUGAUAGACAGUGGCUGGGUAGAGGUCCGAUGGAAGACGUCACGACGCAUAAACGUGAUUAUUCAUGGAAAAGCACGACGCGUCCUGAGGUUAUCAAGGCGGAAAAUAAUUUAUAUCCUCCAUGUUCUGCUUUAUCCGAUGAUACGACAUAUCGCUUGAGCUACUAUAAUUCCUCCUGCUUACUUCCGGUACAAUCUUUUGCGCCCGUUAGAAAAUAUGUUAAAUCAGAUACACCGAUGGAAGGUUGUACAACAUAUAAACUUAGCUACUGGCCAAACGAGACUCCUUUAAAAGACGAGUCGUAUAGACAAAAGGGAGAGUAUCAUCGCCCAGUGACGCCGAUGGAUGGAUGCACAACCUACAAACUAAGUUACUGGCCCCACUGUGACGAGAAACCACCGGAACCUUUUAGUCGUGACGAGAACGAAAACUUGUUGAACGCCGGCUGCUGCUUUGACGACAAUACCACGUACCGACUCAGUUAUUUCGGAUGUGACGGUGACAAGCCGCCGGAUCCCAUUCGCCAGCCUGGCAAUAUGAUUUUCUCUCCGUGCCCACUCUCCCAUGAUACCGUCAAUCGGUUGAGUUUUCUAGGCAAUUGGUGCUUCAAACCGGAAACGUCUAUCACACCUUGCGACAAACAAUUGUUAGGCAGAGGACCGAUGCAAGAUGAGACUACGCAAAAGCACGAUUACACUUGGAAGCGCGUGAUGCCACCGACUGAGGUUCGACCCGAAAACAAUCUAACUUUCUCGUCCUUGCCGCUGGAAUCCUGCACAACUCAUAGAUUAUCUUAUAUACCGAAUGAUCAUGAAUGUCUACUGCCUAUUAAAUCGUACGCGCCUAUAUGUAAGUAUCAGCCGUCCGACGUUGCGAUGGAAUCCGAGACCACAAUGCGAUUGAGUUAUCAGCCGGUGGAGCCAACGAAUCAGAUCGACAAACCAUGGGCUGCGGCUCCGUCCUAUUAUUCACCUGUCAAUCCCAUGGAGGACAAUACCACAUACAAUCUCAGUUACAUCCCACCUGGAGUACUCGUCCCCCUGUCUUCUUGUUCCGCUUCUUACUCCUCUGUUAACGCCUACGAAAGUUGGGAUGAAAUGGGACGGGCUCAACUGUACGUAUUUGCGGGUCAGGAGUUAAAUGACCCGCGUUGGCAUUUGCUUCUCACUUUCACUCAUCUCCUGAGAGCGCAUCGCCGAUUUCGUAGUAGAGAAACCGAUAAAUCCACUUUGAAAUUUUCGCAUUACACUCAUUCGCAUCUACCCUCAUCGAUCUUAGCGAUGAUUCUGGGAUUGGCAGUGGCGCAAGAUCAAAAUUACCAUGGACGCAACUACCAGCAGAAUGAUGAACAACAUCAAGCUGACAAUAGACGACCUACAAGCACCACACCCAUCCCAAUCUUGCACUGGAACAAACAGCAGGAACACGAUGGAACUUAUAAGAUAGGUUACGAAACGGGCAACAAUAUCAUUGCUGAGGAAAGUGGCUACAUCAAAACUAUCGGCGAAGGUGAAGACCGGGCGGAGGCAAUCGUGCAGCAAGGCACCUUCUCGUACACGAGUCCCGAGGGACAGCUGAUCACCAUUCACUAUACCGCCGACGAGACCGGCUUUCACGCGCAGGGCGAUCAUAUUCCCACGCCACCGCCUGUUAGCGAGGAGAUUCAGAAAGGCCUCGACCUCAUCUACGCGGGUAUUCGUCAGCAAGAAGAGGAAGAUGCUCGCGCAGCAGCCCAAAAAGCACAACAGCCUCUGAGCCAGCAAGUCGACAGGCGGGAUGAAUACAAUAGAAAGUACCAAUAGUGCUUUAUCGAUAUAGCAUUGUA